AUGGGGGUGGUGGUUCAAAAUGGAACCCGAAACUUAUGGGUUAGAGUUAUCUCAGCCAUUCAUCUUGGGUUAUCUAACUGGGAUUUCCUUCCGGUUAAAAAUUCUGUUGGCGGAGUGUGGAGAUCGAUCGUUUCAGUGAUUAAUAAACUUGUUGCUCCGAAUAUUUUAAUCCGUUCUUGUUUCAAAGGCAUUGUCGGUAACGGGGAAGGUGUCUGCUUCUGGUUGGACCCUUGGUUGUUGGACGAACCUUUAAAGUUUCGGUUUCCGAGUCUGUUCAGGUUAGAAAUGGUUAAAGGUUGUUCUGUCAAAGACCGCGUGGGUAGCGAUGGAAUCUGGCUAUGGCGUCACGAACCGAAUGAAGAUGAUGAAGCUUCUGAAUUGACUGGGCUUAUGGAUUUAAUUUGGAAUUUCCCGCUUUCGGACAGAAGGGAUGCUUGGCGCUGGCUUGGCUGUAAUUCCGGAGUUUUCAGCGUUAGCUCCGUCAAGUCCAUCAUUCUAAACUCUUUCGAUUUCAGCUCUAGGUUUGUUAUGAAAUGGUGUUCUUGGGUUCCGAUUAAAUGUAACCUCUUUGCUUGGAAAGCUGAAAUGGGUAGAAUUCCUACGACCGAGGCAUUGAAAAAAAGAGGUGUGAUUAUUGAAGAUGAAGUUUGCCCUUUAUGUAGCUCCGAAGAAGAAACCGUGGAUCACCUGUUUACUUCGUGCCUCGUUACUUCGGUUCUUUGGCAAAAGGUCUGUACAUGGAGCCGUGUUCCGCUUUUCUUCGCAUUUUCUUUUCGAGAUCUCCUGGAGUUGUAUGAUCACUGUGGUAAAAAGAAUGAGGAAAAAGAGUUUUUUCAUGUUUCUGAUAGGAAACUAAUAAUCACACAUAGUAAAACCUUAUUCUCAAAUGGUGUAUACGGGCCGUAUAAAGUUAUACGACCCGUAUAG